AUGUACUAUGUUGGUUUGAAUACCGAUUCGAAGUUGAAUUUACCUGGAUUUUGGCCCGAUCCAACUACUUUAAAUCAGAUCCCUAAAGAGCCUCAUGAAAUUCAAGCCGAAGUUGCAAGGAUUAAAAAAAUGCGUGCUGAAAAGAGAAAAAAGUUGGAAGACAAGGCUAAGGAAUUGGGAAUUAGUGAAGAUGACGAGGUUGAAGUCUGA